GGGGGUGCUGGGUCAGUCUUCAUGUUCCAGAGAUGCAUGGGAAUAAUUUCUCCGUGAGAACAUUCAAGAAGGGGCUGGGAACGCAUAGGGGACUGAGUAGGGAUGUUUCUUGUCUCUCCACCCACAUAGGGGCCAGCUGGACACUGGAAAAACCAGACUUGCAGGGACUUGGGACCUGGCACGCAGGCUGCACGGGAGAGUGCUUCGGGACACUAGGGUGGCCUUUCCCAAAGACCCCAGAGCAGAGGCAGAGAUGGAACCCAGGACCUCAUGUGCCCGCCGGGGACCCGUGACAUGCACCCCUCUCCAGGAGGCUCACCCGCGGCCAGAUACCGCUUCUCUACACCGGUCCUGGCUUCGAGCGCUCCGAGCGCUUCGGUGGCCACGUUCUUCUGCUCUAGAAAGUGCUCGAAGCGCUGGCGCAGACCGUCCAUGGCAGCGGCGGGCCCGGGGCAGGCCGCUCAAGCACACCCGCAGCCUCGCGCACCGGCUCCGCCGAGGGCGAACAGCCUUCGACUCCCGCGCGCCGUCCCGCCCCGCCCCCUGCCCGCUACUUUCGGGCCCCGGCCCUGACUCCGCCUCCGGCCCCCGGCUCUGGCCAAUAGGAGGGCAAGGCGGACAAAGGAGGUGGGGCCUGCCCCGUUUCCCCCGCCGCAUUGCCCUCUGGCCAGGGCGGAGGCCGGCCGGACCAUGAGGUGGCCGGAGGGGGCGGGGCGCCAGGCUGCCGGCGUGUUGAUUGGUCAAGAGGGAGUGGCACGGUGCUGAUUGGACAAGUCGUAGAUUAUUGACGAAGAGCGGCGAGGUGGGUGGAGCUAGAGGAGUAACAGGUGGGCGGGGCCCGGCUAAAGACAGCGCUGACUGGACAGACCAGAGAAGGCGGGGUUUAUCACAAAGGAGGCGGGACUACCUGGAUAAAACGAUGCUGAUUGGAAGAUGUGCGGAGGCAGGGCUGAUUCUCGAAGGAGGGGCGUGGAGGAGAGUGGGCGGGGCCAAAUUAAAGGUUGAGGGGGGGGAUCCCUGUGAUCUUGCAACUGCUUCUUAGGCCAGUUGGAGGGGUUGUCCUUGUAUAAGUUGGUAAACUGAGGCUCCCGAACGCUUAGGUCUGUGUGGAUGUCUCUCCAUGUGGGAUAUUCCCACCCCUCCUGGGUGGGGGCAGAGGGAACCGCAAGGCUCCUUGGGAGCUGAAAGAAUCUGGGUUGCUAUGGUGUCCGGGAUGGGGGUGGCUUCCUGAGGCCCCGCCCCCCGCCCCGCCCCCCGCUAUGCGGCCCUUCACGACCGCGCUGUGGCUGGGUCUGGCUUUGGCCCUCCUGGCUGUGGGGUGGGCUUCAGCCCGGGCCCCCAUCUAUGUCAGCAGCUGGGCCGUGCGGGUGACCAAAGGUUACCAGGAGGCUGAGCGCCUGGCACGUAAAUUUGGCUUCGUCAACCUGGGACAGAUCUUCCCUGACGACCAGUAUUUCCAUCUACGACACCGGGGUGUGGCCCAGCAGUCCCUGACUCCACACUGGGGCCACCGUCUGCGCCUAAAGAAAGAACCCGAGGUGCAGUGGUUUGAGCAACAGACUCUGAGGCGGCGGGUGAAGCGCUCCUUGGUGGUGCCCACGGACCCCUGGUUUUCCAAGCAGUGGUACAUGAACAACGAGAUACAGCCAGAUCUCAACAUUCUGAAGGUUUGGAACCAGGGACUGACCGGCCGGGGAGUGGUGGUUUCCAUCUUGGAUGACGGCAUUGAGAAGGACCACCCAGACCUCUGGGCUAAUUAUGACCCUCUGGCCAGCUAUGACUUCAACGACUAUGACCCAGACCCCCAGCCUCGCUACACACCCAGCGAUGAGAACCGGCAUGGGACCCGCUGCGCUGGGGAGGUGUCUGCCACAGCUAACAAUGGCUUCUGUGGCGCUGGUGUAGCCUUCAACGCCAGAAUUGGAGGCGUGCGCAUGUUGGACGGAACCAUCACAGACAUCGUGGAGGCGCAGUCCCUCAGCCUGCAGCCGCAGCACAUACACAUCUAUAGCGCCAGCUGGGGACCCGAGGAUGAUGGUCGCACGGUGGACGGACCAGGCAUCCUCACUCGGGAGGCCUUCAGGCGUGGCGUGACCAAGGGCCGCCAAGGUCUGGGUACACUGUUCAUCUGGGCCUCGGGAAACGGUGGCCUCCAUUAUGACAACUGCAAUUGUGAUGGCUACACCAACAGCAUCCACACGCUGUCAGUGGGCAGCACCACGCGGCAGGGUCAAGUGCCCUGGUACAGCGAGGCCUGCGCCUCCACGUUCACCACCACCUUCAGCAGCGGAGUUGCCACCGACCCACAGAUCGUCACCACGGACCUGCACCACCAGUGUACCGACAAACACACGGGCACCUCGGCCUCCGCCCCGCUGGCUGCGGGCAUGAUCGCACUGGCUCUGGAGGCCAACCCGCUCCUGACCUGGAGGGACCUACAGCACCUGGUGGUCCGCGCGUCCAGGCCGGCGCAGCUGCAGGCGGAGGACUGGAGGAUCAACGGCGUGGGGCGCCAAGGUGCGGCGGGGCCAGGGAGGGGACUGGGGUGCCGUGCAUGCAGGGCGAGUGACGGCUACCCCUCCCGCGCAGUGAGCCACCACUACGGCUACGGGCUGCUGGAUGCAGGGCUGCUGGUGGACCUGGCUCGCGUGUGGCUUCCCACGCAGCCACAGAAGAAAUGUGCCAUUCGGGUGGUGCACACCCCAACCUCCAUCCUGCCUCGGAUGCUGGUGAGGAAGAACGUGUCCGUGUGCUCCGAUGGCUCGCACCGCCUCAUCCGCUCGCUCGAGCACGUGCAGGUCCAGCUGUCACUCUCCUACAGCCGCCGCGGGGACCUGGAGAUCUCUCUCACCAGCCCCAUGGGCACACGCUCCACGCUCGUGGCCAUCAGACCCUUGGAUAUCAGCGGCCAAGGCUACAAGAACUGGAUCUUCAUGUCCACCCACUACUGGGAUGAGGACCCUCAGGGCCUGUGGACCCUGGGUCUGGAGAACAAGGGCUACUAUUUUAACACAGGAACUUUGUUCUACUACACGCUGCUGCUGUACGGGACGGCCGAGGACAUGACAGCGCGGCCCCAGGGCCCCCAGGUGACCAGCCGCACGUGUGUGCAGAGGGACACAGAGGGGCUGCGCCAGGACAGUCACAGUUCCUCCACCAGCCUGGCCUGGCUCUGCCUCAUCUCUAGCUGAGAGUGACGGUGGCUCCACAGCCACACAGAGCAGCCAGUGACCGAGGGACAGGCCGGCUGUCACCCUCCUAUGCACCUGCUGAGGCAGCUUGACCAGCAGCUACGCUGCCUGUCCCCUGUCCUUCAUGCUGGACGAGCUCCAGGGCUCCUCCAAGGCCUGCUACCUCUGGCGGCCAUCCCAGCUAUCAGUCCCGGGCCAUGGUGCUGGCCCGACUGGCCAGGGCUUUCAGGAGACCCCUCUUGGCUUGAGGAAGGCCCACCCACCCUAGGCUAGACACCCCAAUGCCUGAGACCCUGAAGGCUGGGGAACCAGAGAUGCCUGACUCAAAGAACAGUGGGUGGUACCCCAAGGCCCCGCUCCCAGGCUGGAAUAGGACCCUGCCCCAGAAGGCCUUGGCAGAUCAGCAGCAGCCCACUGUGUGGGCCAUGGCUACUCCCAGUGGAAGAGGUGUCUCCUUAUGCAUUUUGGAGCAGGACAAGGGGUGCAGUGGACAGAGGUCAAACCACAGCCACCAAACAUCUGCCCUUCCUGCCCAGAACCGUCCACAAGCCCCGUGUCUGACCUCAUAGUUGGCAAAUAAAAGUUAAAUAGAUGUCAA